AUGCUUCGACAUCGCUUCUCGAGAGAGGCCAAAACUUCAAAUGGCCACCAUGAUUCUGGCAAACUUGGUCUUCCCUUUUCCCUCAAGGCAAGGUCCACAACGAAGUCUGGGACAGAACUCACGGUACUGGAAGACAUGGGGAGCAGUCUGAUGAACGAGAGAGGGUACGACAGCGAUGCACGAACUAUCCCGACUCCAACCCGUGCGAUCCAUAUGGCAGCCUCGCCUGCAGCUCAAGGCUUUCGCAGGGUGGACUUGAGUGAUCUCGUAGAAAGAAGCCAGGAACGGGAUGAAUCUGAGCGCUGGACAACGGACCAGUCACCACACAACUCAGAUUCUUGUGAUUCCCCAUUUGGGUUGCAUUAUAUACCGACUCCCAAAAGCAGCUUAAGAGGUAUCCCUCGUCCAGUCCGUGAAGCGAACAGUCAGCAUCCAGCUCUCGAGGAUGAGCGCACCCGUGGAGAACAUGGUCUGCAGAUGGGGCUUGCAAGAUCCCUCCCCGAUUUGAAUGCAUCGAGCCAGGGUUCUGGUCCAUCGGUUUCAACGCACUCAUCAGCUCUUGUUGGAUCAGCCGUUGCAGAUGACAUUAAUCUCAUGGUCCAUUGGAAUCAAUACUUGAGGAGGGAUCUAAGGAAUGACACGGCGACUUCAGGGUCUGUGCCAAACCUGUCGACGGAUGCCCUGGUAGCCAAGAAGAGACUUCCAGGGACUUUGGCCAUGUCUCAACCAGAUCCUCGGGCACUUCAUCUGGGGGAUCUCAAUAUAUCUCAUCGACUCGCUUCCCAUACCAUGUCUUCUGGUUCGCACAACCCCUCGAGUAUUGAUCUUGCUUGUAAUAAUCGUCAUGGCCAAUUUAUGUCUUCUUCGCAUGAGAACUUUCAACCUCGCCAGAGGUCACAGCAGGGGCAGAGCAAUCGCCGCGUUCCAUCAUCAUUUUACUCUCACCAAAGCAGUCAUCCCAGUUCAAAAAAUAUAUCGCCGCGUGUCCAGUCUCCGAUAAUUCACCACGAAACCCCCAUUUAUACCAACCAGGGAACGAAUGGAAAGCGUCAAGGUGGAAGUCCUGUCACGGAUAAUGGCUUUAUUCAUGAAAGCAGAUUCCGCGAGCAUUGUGAUGCUGCCAACUCACCUCCAUAUUAUCACCGCUACCCUUAUGGCCCGAAUAAUCUCGAUUCUCCGCGCAGGGUCAGUGCGGGUUGGAUGUCAGGAGGCAGGCGAGUUGGCUAUGGCUAUAGUCCGGUGUCAGAUGCUGAGGAGGCACAGACCCAACAUCAAAGUGACGACGGACAUUCAAGUGAAGUAACGGGCUGGAGACCGCCAAUGAAGAAUGAACGUCAAUUCCAAUCUCCAUCCCACGAUUGUCGGAUGGGUCUUGGGGAAGCUAUGGAAUCAACUAUUCAAGAGCCUCGCCCGAUCCCACCUCCUAUGAACGCAAAGCGCCGUGAAAUUGGAGCAGCUACUAUUCCCAAAGCCAGAACAUCUCCUCGCUCAGCCAAGGAUUAUCUUGUGCGGCCUUAUUUGGGGGGUGUCAUGGGAAGUCGAGCCAAUCAAUCCAGUCGAGACCAUGAGACUGGUGCAGUCUGGGUGGAUGAAACCAAACCUCCGAAUGUCCGUGCACCAGAAGUGCCUCCAACGGCUCAGAAUGAGUAUUGCGAGGUCCCACAAAGCUCCCACUACAGCAUUCAUCCAAAUGAUGCCUCUGCAAACCGCUGGGCCCGACUCAGUCGAUCCAUGAAUGUGCAUCGAGCCCGAAAAAUUGAAGAGCGACUAGACGGCCAUGAGACAGGCAGCCAUGGUGAUUCACGCUCGGCAAUUGGGCGCUCCGUCGGUAAUCUAGGAGACACUGGAGGCAACUCAAAUGGGCACAUUGAACAAAAACCCUCCGCAACGGAGCCUCUUACUGUAGAUCAGCAUGACGAGGACGAAGACCAAGCUGGCCAGAUGCACCCAAGCAAUCCACGCAGCUCACGAUGGCUGUUGAAGCUUUCCAAGCGUCGAGCAAGUCUUCGCCUCUCAAAUGUGCACAAACAAGAAACCUCCCAGACUUCCACGGCUUUCCUUGAGUGUGACUCGAACAGUGCCAGACGGACAAACUCCACCAAAAGCAGCGGAACAGAAGACCCGGCGAGUGUCUACCGGGAUUGUCUCCGCAUGCCUGGCUCGUUUGAUGGCAGUCGCUGGGCAAACCGCGGUAGCCAAGUAUUGUGGGACUUGUGCACGACUGAAGAUUGUUACUGA